UACUUCAUAACACACAUACGCCGGCCAUGCGUGCCUAGGACGUUUAUGCUUGUCGGAUUGCCUGUUCGACUGAGAAUCCUACAGAUGUAUGAAUUACUACAGAGUAUGCUCUCUCCAGCGGCACCGGAGAAAUGGUGAACAUCAAUUGAAGUAUCAUAAUAACUUUCAUAGCCUGGAUUUUCUCCUUCUCCAUGAUAGAAACGCAUGGCUUCUGCGGCACCAGCCUUAUCACCAUGUCGAACCAGCCACUUUGGAGAGUCAGGAAUGCUCACGGUAAACAGAUACAUCAGGAUACACGACGAACAGCUCAGCACUCCCCAACCAUCCACCGAAGCCUUGAAAGGCACAUGA